AUGGUCGAACAAAUGGCAGACGAGGCCCGCUUCUUCGUCUACUCGUACAAUGCCACCACCCUCGUCACCACGGCCGGCCUGGCCAUGGGUCUCUUCUUCAUCAUCACCGCCAUCGCUCUCUACUACUACUACUACGUCGAGGUCGGCUUGCGCAGGAAUGAGAAAUAUAGGCGCACAGGUACGUCACACGGAAACGACCGAACCAUCGACGCGUACUUCGACAUCCUUGACCUGCUGGAGAAGGCUUGGGCGAUCUACGCGGUGGAGAGCCAGGACUGUCGCCGACGGGUGGUGUGUGAGGCCCACCUCCCCUCGGCCAGCCUGAUCAACCAGCCUGUUGCUGGAGUCCUCACCGAGCUCUUCGGCCAGGUAACUGAGGAAAUGCUGGGACAGAUGGACGAAGGAGAUGCAGCCUCCGUACGAGAUCUACAGCUGGCAGCACAGUACGGGCGGACGGUAAGGAGCUGCCAGGCGUACGAGCGUCACUGUCCAGAUCAACAAUUGGCUACUCUACCCCAGAACUAGCAGAGUAAAUGAAAGCUAAAUCCCCAAAUUUUCAAUAGACCAGUGGGAUUAUAGACUCAGUUCCAGUGGUAAAGCAGUGGGAUUAAUAUACCAUCAGACCACUCUAAUCAGACCACUCUAAUCAGACCACUAGGACAGAACCACACUUACACUGGCAGACCAUCGUAAGUGACAGUCUUCCAUUCUUACCACUGAAAUGGUCUGACCAAACAACUUCACACAGUCACACUAACUAUUAGAACGAACUCACUUCAAAAUCCGUCAGUUCAGGAACAAUUAAAUUGAUGCGGAGCUGCCCCCAAACAAUCGACUAACUUGUUGUAGAGCUGCCCAAACAAUCUUCUAGUUGCAAAGCUGCUCAAACAAUCCACU